AUGUUACAGAAGUAUGGCCAAAUUAUCUCAGAACAAGAAAAUCGAGGCUUUAUCGAGGGAGUUACAGACGACAAUAUAGAUAAAAGAGUUCACUACAUCCCACAUCACGGUGUGAAAAAAUAUUCAGCCACCACCCCAAUCCGAAUAGUAUAUGACUGUAGUUGCCGCCAGAAUAAAGAUUCCCCUAGUCUGAACGAUUGUUUAGAAUCGACACCCCCGGAAUUAAAUGACUUAACCAAUAUACUUAUGAGAUUUCGCUUACACAGAUUUGCUGUCUCGACAUACAUUGAGAAGGCAUUCCUGCACGUGCAACUUGACGAAAGAGAUCGUGACGUCACCCUAUUCCUGUGGUUAAGUGACAGUACCAAUCCAGAUAGUAAUUUGGUAACUUACAGGUUCAAAUCUAUUCUCUUUGGAGCUACAUGUUCACCGUUUAUCCUACAAGGUACACUUAUGAAGCACCUUGAUAACAACAACAACAAAUGGGUGAGUGAAAUACUGAAAAACGGUUUAUAUGUAGACAAUGUUAUCUCUAGUUUUCCGGAUGAAAGCACGGUUAUUAAAUAUAUUAUCACGAUACAAGAGACCUGA